UCAUAAACAGCGUGAUUCGUUUGUCUGGUAUGGCACAGUCUGAUUUGACAAUUCCGUGACAGGAUCCUUAAACCCAUCAUGUUCCUUUGUAUAGAGUAAAUAAUUUUGUUGGAAAUCGCCUAGUUAUAAUUGUCUUCAGCGACAGUUCAAAAUCAAAUGAGUGUUUCUAAUAAUGUAUGAUUUUGUAUAACCCUGUAUGAGCCGUGUAGCUCUCAUUAAGAUUAUAAAAUGAAUCAUUUAAAACACAUUCGUGGCAUAAGCGUUCGUGCUUCAUCUAACUCUGCUUUGCCAUUGCAUUAUGGACAUUAUGGACAGCAUGCUGAUAUAUAUUUCGAGAAUUGCAAGUUGAAAUCGCCACUGUUACGGUCAACUCCGUUAUUCGCAACAAAGAAAAGUCAUGGUGUUGACGCCAAAUAUUUGGGACAAUUUCGUCAAGACAGCCUACGACUUAUUUCCAAAGAGAGCAAAACGAUUUGCAAGCAACGUAAUAAAACCAAGUCUAGCGUGACUUCGUUAAAGAAGAAAUCAUCGAUGCAUAAGAAAUUGCCAUCGGAGAGUGUAGCGAAAAGAGUGUGCCAUUAUUCUACGUGCCAGAAUACCAAAUUUAAUAGCGACGGAAUUAGCAAACGGCCCGUGCCUCAAGGCGAUGCGAUAAUAAAUGGCGCGAAGAAUCGUCGCAGUAGUUUCAUUGCGUCUGUUGAGAAACAUCCUCGAUCGUACGCAGAAAUGAUAGCCGAUUACAGCGAAUCUCUGUAUAAGGAGUCUACUGUGGGUGCACGAAAUAAUAGUUUCCAUUUCAACAAUGCAAUACGCAAGAGUCCAUUCAGUACUUUCACGGUUUCACCUCCGGCUAAGAAAAUUAUGAACGUUGCUGAGUACAGUAAACUUUCCAAUAAAAGAUCAAAAAAUGGUUUCACUCUCCCCCUUAAAUCGUUUGAUUUUUGCAAUCGAUCGAACGAUAUAAACAACAUAAACACUAUUGAACAUUACGAUUUUCAACAUCACGGUACGUGCACUGCAGAAGCAAUGAAUAAAAAUAUGAACGAAUAUCGGAGCUGCGCUACUGCAAACAACUCGAAGUGCGACGAUCAAUCUUACGCGAAAUUGAUUGCUGAUUGCAGUAAGUCCAUACAUAAUUUUCCUAUUACAAGUGUUUUGAACGAUGGCUUAGUACCAAACCGGAAUGUAUCGGCAAGGAAUUCUUUUGAAUCUAUCGCCACUCCGACGAGGAAAACGACGGAAGAGACAUCGCGAAAGGUAUCUCCUAUUAUUAGCGCAAUGCUAUUCGAGAAAAAUGAAAAAGUAAUUGAUUUGGAGGAAAACGAUUUGUUAAGAGAAAUGGAAAACGUGAUGAGUGACAUGAAGAGUGUAGCCGGGAGAAAAGUCGCAAGAGUUGACGUUUCUAAGAUGAAAGAAAGUGAUAUUCUGCAAUCAGUGGAUGCAUCUGGUAAGUCGCCGGAUCGAAAUCACGGACUCCGAGAGUUUACUAAAUCUAAAAAGGAGAAAAAUGCAGUAACCAAGAAGUUGAGCUAUCAGUCUGACAAGCUCAGUAAAAUGGAAAAGCGCAGGAAGGAUCUCGAGUUGCAAAAGCACAAUUAUUCGCACUCGAGUGACAAGACCUCGAGUCCGCCGCAACAUUUCGGCAACGCGGCGAAGCGGGAAAGUUCAACCGUACGGAAGAAUUCCACGCAAGUGUCAACUGACGGCGAUACCGGCAUGUUGAAGCAGCCGCAGGUGAAACUGCACAUGGUGCCUUCCGAAAGAGAAUCCGUUGUAUCCAUCAACGUGGACCAAGCUUCGUUUGGAUUGUUGGAUCCUCCAAACUCCGCUGCCAAACAUCUCUCCGUCGUCGUGCAAUCUGAUCGAAAGGAAGAUCUACACUUAACGGACAACCAAUGGAACGCUCGGGCGCCUCAACGUACGAAAAGUGCAUUGCAGCCCGGUGGUUUUGGCCCAAUGCGUAUUUCGAUUAGCGAGGAUACUGCGCCGAUCAAACAGAUUGAGUUUUCAAUCAAUGGCAAACCGGUUUCCGAGCUGAAGAGCAUCACUGCGCGAACGGAGAGACUAGACGUGGUGAGUUCCGUCGACAAAAUCGAGAUCAGGAUACCGUUUGCCAAGGACGACUCGAAUGAAUCGGACAAGACCGGAGACCUAUCGAAAGGAAUCAAUGCGAGUUUAGGGCAGAUACUGAACGUGCAGAUAUCUGCCAAUUUUCAGGACCAACAUACGAAAGACGGUAGCGUCGAGAAUCCGGCAAAAACAAUGCGAAACCAAUACGAUAGAGACUCGGUACCGAGAUCGUCAAUUUCUAAAUCUCCUUAUUUGUCUAACAAUUUCCCAAAAGCUCGUGAUGAAACUCUUAGCAGCAAUAAUUAUGUACAACAACAGUCUACUAAACGAAUGGAUAGUAAAUUUGAAAAUACUGAAAAAAAUAUCAAUGAAUACAAAAUUUCAGGUGAUGUUGAUAAAAUCCAACGUGGAACGAUGAAAGAUUUAUCAGCUGGUAAAACAAACACAAUAACAGGCACUUCAUUGAUCAGAGAAAUAAACAAUGUUAAAGUUGCAGGUUUGAAUAUGAGAAGAGCUUCUGACAAUCGCGUUCCUUCGAAUACGAUUCCUUGGUGGUCCUCCUCGGAUUCCUUCAAUAAGAUAAGAAAAAAGGAAAAUAAUCACAAACCGCUUGUGCCAACAAAUCGAAACAAACAGAAAGUUUCAAGUUUGAAUCAGAACCUUGUUAAUGAAUCUUUACUGUCAAAACCGAAAGAAACAUCGAAUUCAAAGACAUCAAUGAAGAAAAGUCAAUCGAUGAAUACCACAAGUGAUUCUAGUAAUACAAUUUCUUAUUCAAGUUCUAUGAAGCCGUAUGAAGAUCCUAAAUCAACUUUUCAUCAUGCAUAUUCAUUUAGAUUAAAACCAAACAAAGGAAAUUCCGGUAUUAUCCCUGAAAUUAUAAGAAACGAUUUGAAUGCUAAAGAUAAUCAGGCAUUAACUGCGAAGAAAGACAUCAAUAAAAUUUCCGGAAUUAAACAAACGGAAUCAAUUACAUUAUUUAGAUCUGAUACGAUGAGUAUAAAAAGUAAGCAUAACGUAAACAAAGAAAAGACAUCUGUAUUACGAAAGAAACUGAAGACACCGAGUAGUGCGCAGAAUUUAUCGCCAAAAGGACAUCAAGAGAAGAAGAAUAAUUAUUCGUUAAAAUCGACAAGAUCAAUUGAUGACGUAUCUAAAAAUUUUAAAUCUAAAAUAAAAGAUAUUUUGGAUGCCAUAAAACCGAUCGAAAAAAGUAAAAACAGCACUUUAAUCGAUUGUGAUUUAAAGAGAGAUAUGCCAUCGAGAAAUUCAACAGCAAUCUUAAAUAGUGAUUUAAAGAGAGAUAUGCCAUCGAGAAAUUCAACAGCAAUCUUAAAUAGUGGAGUGAAAGAAAUUCAAAAUCCGGUAAUUACAACAAAGGAUUUUAUCCUAAAUUCAUCUACGGCGGAAAUAAUAUCAAAGAAGAUUGAUAAAACAAUAUUAACAAAGCAAAUAGAAUCUAAUACAGAGAAAUUAAGACCAAAAAUGGAUAUUUCGUUGAAGAAAAAAGAUUUAACAAUGAAAAACGAUGCGACCAUAAACAUUAAAGCGCUGAAUAAAAACAAUGUUAAGAAUAUAAAAGAGUCACGUAAGAAUGAAUUUACGAAUUCGAGUUCUCCGAAUUUUAGGAAUUCGCCGGAAUUAAUGCAAACAUUUAAAAAACAGGAACAAUCAGCUAACAAUAGCAUGAUUUUUCAAGAUAAAUUGAAACAGGAUUUAAAAUCAUUAGAGGCAAAUAAAAAUGGACCGAAUUCUUUGUUAAAUAAAAAAACUUCUUCGGGAAUAAUGCAAAGAUCAGAAAAAUUGGGAAUCUCAGAAAAGGUACCAUCAGCAGGGUUAAAGCAAAAUAGACCGAAGAGUUUAACAAGCAUAAAAAAUACUCUAGAAACAAUUCAAGAAUUCGAAAAAUUAGAAAACUUGACAUCAAAAUUGGCUAAUACAUCCAAAGAGUCUUCGGAUACGACAGAUAAAUUGCAAAUCACAAAACAAAUACAAUUAAAAUCGCCUAAAAAUACGAAUACGGACAAAAUUGCCAAUAUAAAUAAGCUGUUCUCCUCACAGACAAAAGAUCAAGUAUCCGAAAAUUUAACAGAUAAAAUUACAGGAGAAAUUUCUCAAUCUAUGAAAACUAAAAGGACCAAAGUGGGAGACAUGAUAGCCAAGAUCGCAACGCAACAUCCCAAGAGUAAGGAUUCCUUAUCAAAAGAUUGUGAGGAAAAUUGCUUCAGUAAAUCAGGAUUGGGCAAAAGACAUUUUUCGGGAUCAACUGGCCCUUCGAGGAAGUCAAAUGAUUCAAUUGGUUUCAAGUCGGAUGGUUCAAAAACGAAAUCCAGGUCAGCCACGUUCGAAGUCUGCCCAAAUUUAAACGAUGUUGAUAUGUUAGAAUAUCCUGCGUCAACUGCAAUCGGAAGUGACGGAUCGUGGAUUAAUAUGGACAGACCAGAGAAAAGUAUACUAUACUCCGCGUGGUUACAACGACCCGAAAACGAUAUCAAGAAGAACAAGAAAUUAUUUUAAUUAUGUAUUUUGUUAAGAGAAAUUUCACACGUAGAGAUUUGUUAAAACAUAUUAUUUAUGAUACUUUAUGUCAAAUCAUGUGUACUUUAACAGCAUCGUUUAUUGACGCACAUUGCAUUGUUAAUUCUUGAGAAAUGUUUUAAUGAUUAAUAUUCCCUAUAAAAAAUUAUUAGAUGAAAUAAAGAAUUUCUCGCCGAAGAGACACGCGCGCA